UUCAGUUACCAAAUAUAGCUGAGUAGAGUAAGAGAGGGGACGAGUGUCUCAGGCCACGGCUGUCUCAGUACCACAGACCAGGCAGUCCUUAAUGGACAGGCAAGACCAACCUCUUCUCACCAGGGGAAGGAAGAAAAGCUCCUGUGAAGGCCGUCGCCUUGGGGAGGCUUCAAACUGACCAAGCAUUGGAAAGAAAACAAGAACACAGUUUUCCUGUGCCUCCCUCUAGCUCUCCUACUUGCUACGUGUGUGAGUGUGUGGAGGCUGCUCAAAAAUGUCAGAGACUUCCUCCCACGACUCCUUCUAUGAUUCCUUAUCAGACGUGCAGGAAGAGGGCAAAAGUGCUGACUUCUUCCCAGGGCUCUCUGCGUUUCUCAGCCAGGAAGAAAUAAACAAAAGUCUCGACCUGGCCCGCAGAGCUAUAGACAACUCUGAAACUGAAGACUUUGACUCCGAAAAGGAGAUCUCGCAGAUUUUCAGCAAAUCUUCUAAAAACCUCUGCAAAACUCCUUCCCACGAGGAGACCAAAUCCAGCGAGCAGACUCCGUCAGAAGGACCUCAGCAUAACAGGCCAGCACCUGCCCAGCCUCUGGCAGGGGAGCAUGUUGAAAAGAUCACUUCCCCAGCUUCAAGGAGAAAACCUGGGGUAUCACCCCUGCUGGCCAGCCCCAGCUACAUCCGGAGCCUUCGCAAGGCUGAAAAACGAGGUACAAAAAUUCCCAAUCCAAGUGCAAAGCCCAAAGCUGCCCCACAAAGCAAAGCCGGCUCCCAGAACCAACUUUGCGACAAGGCAGCUAGUUUCAUUGAGGAGCUGACUUCCAUAUUUAGAGAGGCAGCCAAGCCAAGAAACAGAAGCCCAAAUGGUGAGUCCUCAUCACCAGACAGUGGGUAUCUGUCUCCUAAAAAUCAACCUUCAACCCUGACGAGUCCCUCGGCCAGUCAGAGCCCCACUGGAGACCAGCUAGACCAACAGGAGAUGGAAGCAGAGGUCAAGCUAGCCCAGGGCAGCCUUUGCUACCAGGCCCAACAGGCCCCAGAAGAGGCCUUGGCACACACCCACAUCCCUCACCCACAGCCCCAGAAAGCCCCCCAUUUGCCCUCUGCACCUCGCUUCAUCCAGAAGCUAAGGAGCCAAGAAGUCGCUGAAGGAAGCAGAGUUUAUUUGGAGUGUAGAGUCACUGGAAACCCAACGCCCCAAGUCAGAUGGUUCUGUGAAGGGAAGGAACUGUUCAACAGUCCUGACAUUCAGAUCCACGGCGACGGCGCGGAGCUACACACCUUAGUCAUUGCUGAAGCCUUUGAGGACGACACAGGUCGCUACUCGUGUCUGGCUACAAACCCCAGCGGCUCAGACACCACAUCUGCAGAGGUGUUCAUUGAAGGAGCCAGUUCAACGGACUCUGACAGUGAAAGCUUACCUUUCCUAUCAAAAGCUGGAGCUAUGCCACAAGCUCAAAAGAAAACAACUUCUGUUUCCUUGACGAUAGGAUCCUCAUCCCCCAAGACCGGAGUGUCCACAGCUGUGAUUCAGCCUUUAUCUGUGCCUGUGCAGCAGGUUCACAGUCCGACUUCGUAUCUCUGCCGACCUGAUGGAGCCUCCAUGGGCUGUCUUCUUCCUGUUUUCACUAAGGAACUACAGAACAUAGCAGCCUCCGAGGGCCAGGUGGUGGUCCUGGAAUGCCGGGUCCGCGGCGCACCCCCGAUGCAGGUCCAGUGGUUCCGGCAAGGGAGUGAAAUCCACGACUCUCCAGACUUCAGAAUUCUCCAGAAAAAACCUAGAUCGGCAUCUGAGCCCGAGGAGAUCUGCACCCUGGUCAUUGCCGAGAGCUUCCCUGAAGAUGCGGGCAUCUUUACCUGCUCAGCCAGAAAUGACUACGGAUCAGUGACCAGCACUGCGCAGCUUCUCGUUACCUCAGCCAACUCUGAGAACUGUAGCUAUGACUCAAUGGGAGAACCCAACAGUGAUCACGACCACCACUUCCCACCUCCCCCUCCAAUCUUGGAGACAGGUUCCUACGAGCUGUCACCGCAGAAGCCCUCUGAAAUCCAGCAGGUGAACAGCCCCGACUUAGGACUUAACAUGGCAGCCCUUCAAAUGCAAUUCAACUCGGCAGAGAGGGAAACCAAUGGAGUUCAUCCCGGCCACGGAGUCAAUGGACUGAUUAAUGGCAAAGCUUACGGCAAUAAAUCUCCUCCGACACCAACUGCCCUGCUUUCGCCCACUAAGGAACCACCACCUCUGCUUGCCAAACCCAAACUGGAUCCCCUGAAGCUUCAGCAGCUGCAGAACCAAGUGCGCUUGGAGCAGGAAGCGGGCGGCUGGCCCCCAGCGCCGCCGGGUCUCCCUUGCAACAGCAGCAGCAGCGGCAGCAGCGCGCCCCCCUCCUCGCACUGCGCCUCGCCCGCCCGCUUCGGCCCCGGCCAGACGCCCGCAGCCUUCCUCAGCGCCCUGCUGCCCUCGCAGCCGCCACCAGUCGCUGUCAACGCCCUGGGGCUGCCCAAGGGCGUUACCCCCGCGUAA